GACGCUACUCCACCACUGUUUCAGAGCGCACACACACAACAAACCAAUUCAAUCAAGUACUUUCUAUCUUCCUUCUUCCUUUUCACAUUCAAUUUCACGCAAUGUGCCUAUUUUAAACUCCGAACCUUCCUUCUUUUUGUUUUGAUUUUAGUUUCGUUUUUACCGGAUUUGAGUUUCACUUCGGUUACUACUAUAGUAGAAUGAGUUUCGUCUUUGUGCAAAUCGGUGCAUUUGUUACUUCACGCUAAUCUUCAUAAUCUUAGGGUUUUUGUUUCUCCUCAAGAAAUUCAAGAAAUUGAAAGCAUGAUCUUAGGGUUAAGUAAGAAAAGAAUGAAGGAGAAAAUGGCUGGAAUGAACAAGAAUCAACAAUCAAAUUGGUGGUGGCUUGAUACUCAUUCUAAUACUAAACGUUCCCCUUGGCUUCAAUCCACUCUAUCUGAGCUAAAUGAGAAGACAGAUGCAAUGUUAAAGUUAAUUGAAGAAGAUGCGGAUUCCUUUGCUAAACGAGCAGAGAUGUAUUACAAGAAACGACCAGACCUUAUAAGUAUGGUUGAGGAUUUCUAUCGGACACACCGCUCGUUAGCUGAGAGGUAUGAUCAAGUCAAACCCGACACAGGAAUCAGCCACCUCGUGUCGGGAGCAUCACCUUUUGCUUCGGCUAAGUAUCAGAUAGAGAAACUGAUGAGUUUUGCAGAUACCGGUUAUGAUACCUAUUCUGAGAAUUUCGACGUAGACGAGUCUGUGGAAUCUGAAGUUGAUGAUCCAGAGCAUGAAGAAAAAGAGGAGACCAAAUUUCAUAGUUACACAAAAGCAGAGCGGGUUUGGUCGACCGUGGCUGUCAAUGACGAAGUAAUGAAUCUAAAAAAUGAGAUUAAGAGACUAAAGGAAGAGAAUGAGAUACAUAAGGAGCAGUUGAAACAGAAAGAUACUGUUUGUGAUGAAGUAAUGAAGUUGAGGGAAGAAAUAGAAAAACUAAGGGAAGAGAAUGAGGUACAAAAGGAAGAACUGAAGCAAAAGGAUGAAGAGAAGAUAGAGGUGAUUAAACAACUGAGUUUAGCAGUUGAUUUGUUGAAGCAAGAUAAUGUGAGCAUGAGAAGCUUCAUUGCUAAAGAGUCCACUAAGAAAUGGAAAUUUCCAUUUGAGUUCAACAAAUUUGGAGCAUUUUCUGUGAAAUUGUUUAAUGGGACUCCAAAGAAUCAGCCAAGUGUUGAGCUCUCUACAAGACGUGGGUAUUAACAUAGUCAUCAAGUAGCUUAGUUCUUUAUGUAUAACAUUCUUAUAGAUACUAUACAAUAAGUUUCCUAGUAUUUUGAUUCCUAGGUUGUGUGCUUAUAAGUAGUUAGUUGUAUUUUUUCUUUUACAUGUGCUGUUUACUUUGUUAGUUAUAUGUAUCCCAAUUGUUUCAAUCUUUUAAUUCUUUAUGAAUGUGAUUGAUUGUAUUGUA